AGGACAUCAAGAACUGCGUUGGGAGGAGCUGCAGGAGGACAAGGAGGAAGUUUAGAGUCCGAUUUUUUUGAGGCGCAAGAAGUACGUCCGUCCGCACGCACGUAUCUUCCUUCCCUCCUCCGUGUACCCAUCUCCUGGAUGGAUAAAGUUCGGCACGGAUCGUGUUGUUGAGAACAAGCCAAAAACCUGGAGUGCCCGACGAUGAUCAUUGUGCCAGAGGAAAGGGGAAACAUCCCCAAGUGAUGUCUUGCCAGUGUUAUUGAAAAGUAGUCAGGAACUGAAUGGAAAGGUGAUCAUCAUCCUCAACCUUGUCGCCGAUACCGCCACCACCACCAUUUCCAUCGGAGUCGCCGUUGUCCACCGACUCGCCUCCUCAAAAAACAAGUCACUGCCCGAGUCGUGUAUAGUACUUGCCUUCUGGUCAAUCUGAACGUAACGUAGUUUCGUCAGUCAGUCAGUCAGUCACAAAGCGAGUGAAUGAGAGUCUAGACCACGGGCCGGAAAGGAUAUCGCAGGAAAUGUAUUUGCUUCCAAGUGAGUCAUGGAAAAGUUGCAACUCUACGAGUUUGUUGGCAAAUAACCCCUCCGACCCUGGGAGCGUUGCUCUCUUCAAGGACAUGAAGAGCUGUUCUCUCAGUCCUUCAAGUUCCAACAGUUUCCUGGAACCGCUCUAAGCAACAGAUUGUCCAUGAGAGUUAAAAGGGACGCAAUAAUACCACAGAGUGUAGCCCGUGUUGCCAUUUUGGCAAAGAACCUAGAUCGUAAUUUGUGUUUUCUAAGUGCCUCUUCAAAAGAACAAGUGAUGCGUAUUCUGCAAUCUCAGAGCAAGAAUCAAUUGGAGGAAUUCACUCGUAUUUUCUUGGGAAGUCCUUGUUGUUCCUAACGUAGAUUCAUUCACCCGGUUGGGCAAUUGUUGAUCGCAAUUGCCAAAGUCUGACCAUCAACAUACGUACACAGAAGCAGCCGACUUUUAUUGCAUUGGCAUUGGAAGAUGCACGGAACCCAAAUCACCGGGUGGUUCAUAUUUCUCUACAUCAAGACCGAUUGGUGACACAUAAGACAAGAGGGUCAUGUUACCCAAAAAGCGAAAAUUUCUCCCUUCGGAUUAUGGAGACUUCUCUCCUGUUCCGCAAGGAAAUGGUCCAGAUUCUACAAGGUGCCAUGAACGUAAUAGUUCUGUCUCUCUCACCAAGAUAGAACCCGACCAUUUACUAUCAAACCCACGUGCCAUGGUCAAGCAUGAAGAUGCUUUUCCAUCCGAGGGCCAUGCUCACCAUCAGGCCAUGUUCCCAAACAUGCGAGCAGGCCCUCUGGAUCUUGGAGAACAAAGUCCCCAACAAAGUACGGCAGUCGAUCUAUCUACCGGAAAUAGCAAUGGAAAAGGUCUUCAAAUCAAAGAAGAGCCGCGAAUUCGGGCCAUUCCAUCGCCCAUUUUGAAAGGACGGAGCUUAGUUAGCCCGGUAAUAGAAAUCUCCAAGCACCACGUGGUGACCACAAGUGGUUCGGUGCAAAUCCGGAAGUUAUCCCCGACCGAAGAUGCCAAGUUCAGGACGACGGAUCGUAUACCUGGAAAUGAUGUGAAGAAUGAGCAGAAGUUUGAUAUCAACUUAAGCGAUUGGAUUGGCCAUCGCGUGUUGGCUCGGCGAGACCAAUAUUUUUGUCCGGGUGUGAUAAAGAAGGUGUUUGAAGGGUACUCUGUAUCAAUUUUGUUUGACGGUGAAGAUCAGCCACUCAUCUACCAUGAAGUUCUAGCUCAAAGCGAAUACGAUACAAUCAUCAGUGAUGCAGUUCCAAUGUCGCACAAGGUCUUGCCCAAACAUCGGGUGGCGGUCAAAUUGGAAACGGAGGAUAGCAAUUUGUUUCAAGAGGGCGUGGUCCAUGACAUUGCAACCUCACCGCCUCAGUUCCUCAUUAGUAUGGGCGGAGCUGAGGAAAAGACAUGGUUCAAACGUGCUCAUGUGAGACAACUUCUCCCUCCUUGGUGGGAAGAAGUCAGCCAUCCCAACUUUUGCAUAUCUAACGCGACACCCACACCUCUUUACGACCCCGAGGAAAGUGAUGAUGAUCUGAAGAAAGAGGACAUCUCGUUCAUGGGCGAAUCUGGUCCAUUGACUCCUGGUCGAUACAUAUCUCUCACACCGGGAGCCUUGGGAGAAUCGAGCAAUAACAAACGAUCCAGUAGCACCUCACAAGGUCGAGCUAGCACGUCUAGUCUAGAACCCGGGAUGAUGACUGGAGGAAGUAAAGUUCGGUCCACGCCUUCAAGUCCUAGAUCCCUGAAUGCCACACCAAACAAGUACAAGAAGGGUGAUGUCCUGUCCAUGCCCAAUGGAAUUCGGAAGAAGUUCAACGGGAAGCAAUGGCGGCGGUUGUGUUCCAGAGAAACCUGUGCAAAAGAGUCUCAGCGAAGAGGCUACUGUUCAAGACAUCUGAGCCUCAAGGGGAAGUCGUUCCUCAGACACAGUAUGGCUCAUGGCAAUCCCUUCAUCCCAAAGUCCAAUUUGGAAAGUGGCUUGGGCCUUCAAACACCACUCCGAGGCUCAGAUGCAGAUCGAAUGGAAGCAGCCAAUUUAUUAGUGUCUCUAAGCAAUACAUCUCGACCAAACACACCUGGAUUUUCUCCCAUCUUAGCGGGUCAUUGCUCUCCAAGGGUCCUCCAGUCUCCAAAAACCAUUGGAUCACGUCAUAACGUGUUUAUGCCCAUUGUUGCUCAUCCCACUGUAGCGUCAGCUGCAGCCAAUGCUCACCAGGCCCUGAUGGAUGCUCCCAAGAGCAAAUGUGCCAGAGGACUCCACACCUCUGGGUCUCCUAUACCCACGCCAAGAUUCAUAACGAAACCUUUGGCCGGUGUGAUUCGCCCAGAACUCCUCCGACCCUCUGCUUCCUUGGUGCAAGGUUUGCAUUCUAAUCUCUCCACAAGUCAGCCGAAGCUCACAGCAUCUCAACCUUCACAACCUAGUCCAGUGUUUGGUCAGAGUGAUUUCCCUCAUGGGUCAUCUUCAAUUGCAACUAAACGAGUGGAGCAAAUUCCUCCAAACCAACAUCGUCCUCAACAAAUUAUCUAUGUUCCAAAUACGUCGAGUCAGACCAGUGGUGCAAGUAGAUUGAUUGUUCAGGCAGUUUCACAAGGCCUGGGAACCACGGGCACCCAAAUUAUGACCUUGACCAGGUCUUCCGAUGUACAAUCAAGGAUCACACAACAACCUUCAUCCAUGUCAUCACAGCAUGCUUCCCAUCAAACGAUCGCAGUAAUUCCAGUUAAGCAAGGGAACCGAGCAUUAUCUGCUGGAGAGAUGAAGGACAAAGGGAGUGUGCCUUCUCCUGCGGCACUCUAUUAUGUGGUUCCACAUAAGACCACAGUAUUAUCACCCAGUCAAGAGUCUUACGGAAAGGCAACUAUUACUGUUCAAGCCUCAGAGGGCUUGGGAAAAGUUGGAUUGACUGAAAGCUCCGCCACUCGUCCCACCACCAAUCCCAAUCAGCCAGUUAGAACGACUGAGCAACGAGUCCCAUCCUCGGCAACGCUUCACGUGGGGCAAGGUGCCUCAAGGCAACAGGUUGUACUCUUAACCAAUGGCCCCAGCCAAGCAAAUCCUCCCCACUCUUCCUCUUCCACCAGAAGUAUUUCCACCACCACCAUUGCCUCCCAUAUUCACCCAAACCCGUUGCAGCUGUUACCGGUUUUAACCAUGGCCCCGAUAACAGCUCCAUCCAUAACAUCUCCUUCUCAUCCGGCGAGACAAUCAAUGCCCGCGCAGAUGGCUGUCAAGUCGUCCCUCGAAGAGAGAAAGGCCUCGGUUACCGAUCAACCUAAGAAAGCCGAAAAUAAUGGUGUUUCACCUCCACAUGCCGGUCAAGACGAUGCAGUCAAAGUGGUCUAUCCAUGGCAUUCGCUAAUACCAAUUUUGCCUGCAUCGACUUCGAAUGGUAUUACCACCAACAGCAUCACUCGAGUUGGCCCUAGUUCAAGAGGUGGAGAUGGAGGUGAGAACUCAUCUUCUGCGCAGAAGCAAAGCAACGGGCAUCAUCACCCCCCUAGUACAAACAACAACAAUAACACAAACGCUAAUGCUAAUGCUAAUAACAACAACAAUACCGGCGGCCACAAGUCAGAAUCCAAAAAAAAUGGGGAAGGUGAGAGAAAAGAGCCUCAAGACUUGAGUGACUAUUCGUUGACUGACGACGAGGUUUUUGAUGCUCAAGACCACGGUGGAACCAUGGGCAGUGGAGGGAGUGUUAAAAGAAAGGGUAUUCCAAGGAUCAGGCGCCCUAUGAAUGCCUUUAUGAUUUUUAGCAAGCGCCAUCGACCCCUGGUUCACGAAAAACAUCCAAACCAAGAUAAUCGGACCGUGUCCAAGAUUUUAGGUGAAUGGUGGUACUCUUUGGGGGCAGAGGAGAAGCAAAAAUACCACGAUUUGGCCAAUCAAGUCAAAGAGGCUCAUUUCAAGGCUCAUCCCGAGUGGAAAUGGUGUGCAAAAGACCGAAGAAAAUCCUCGACAAGCUCAAUUGGUAGUGUUGGAGGAAAAUUAGAGCCCCUGGAAGAAAAGGAGGACCUUGACGACUUGAAAUGUAAAGAGAAGGUCUCAGACACCGAAACUGAUGUUGAGAGUGAGGCAGAUCUUUUGGAAACGAAGACCUUCCCUCACCAGACUAUGCAACAACCUCAAGGAAAGAAAAGGCCCGCUUUUGACGUGGAGAGAGCCCCAAAUGGAAUCGAUAGACGACUGACCACUGAGGACGGGCCUUUCAAAGUCACAUCGGAGAGCGCAUUCAAGACGGUUCCAAAUUUGGAACACAACCGAGACAAAUCAGGUCAGGUACAGAAGCUACUUAUUUUGCAAUCCCAUAGUACGGGUCUCAAUUCUUCAAAGGACACCACCGCCAUUCAUUAUCUCGUGCCGGUUAUUGCGGGAAAUACGGCGUUGCCGGCCCUAAAUUUGCAAACCGCAUCCAGACCCAUGCUACGGUCUCCAGAGAACUUUGUCUUGGGACCAACACCUGCUCAGUUAAAACAGCCCGAGGAGCCUCAGGAACUUCCCGAGACGCCAACUGAGAAAAAGAGCUUCUUCAAAAAGGCCACCAAGGAGGACGGAAUGGAGGAGGUACUGGAGCAAGUAAAUUUCCAGGAGAAAUUCUCCUCUCUCCCAGAAUUCAAGCCUGGAGAAUCACCAGGGAAGAUGCCGUCACUACCAUCUUCGCCACAAGUAUUCGUUCAAAGCUACCGCAAGAAAACGCGUAUGGCUCCGCCUACCCCGGUGGACACCGAUACAUUGGGCUCAGACGCAGACACGCCCAUCAAGACUGCCACCCCCAAGCCCAUGAGUGGCAAUACGUUCUUUGGACCAGACUUUAACCCGGAGUCGGCCUUGAGAGAGGCUGAUCAAAUCGCCACUCCCUUGGAUUCCGACUUGAUUUCCCCCACCACCCCUGGGAGUCGAGGAGACCGGCCUUCGUCUCUAAAACGCACACUGGACCAUCGGAGACAAUUGGUGAUGCAACUCUUCCACGAUCACGGCCUCUUCCCGUCCAAUCAGGCGACCACUGCCUUCCAAUGCAAGAACCCUUUGGCUUUUCCUUCCAAGCUCUGUCUCCAGCUCAAGAUUCGAGAGGUACGGCAAAAGAUGAUGGCUCAAACCCCUUCUCCAGCCACCACACCCACUUCAACAACGAUCUCUCUUUCUGGAACGACUUUCGAGUUGCCCUACCACAACUCACCUCACAAGGUGGAAGAGAUCAACAAGGCAUAGUCACAAAAGUAUCGCUAGUGUUCCAUUCCGUUUGCAUCUUCUGUAGCAUCGUGAUCGAUCGGUGAACUCAUAGGUUGAACUUCUGGAACAGGCUUGGAACCCAUGACGCCGAGGGAGAAGAUUUUUGCCACGUUCACAAGAACUCAUAAUAUAUGGAUUGGUGCAACAACUGAACUCAUUAUCACGCACGAUGACAAAUCUGAAGUUAAUAUUAUACGUAUUAUGAUUAUCCUGAACAAAAGAACUAUAUAGAGAGAGAAAUUUUGAUUUUCCAAUAAACGCAAAGUUAAGUUUCUUAUGAA